AUGGAGAGAGGAUUACUAGAAGACCUGUGCCAAGGGGCACGAAUCCCAGUAACCAAAGCUGUGCUGGUGGCGGGGUUCCCAGAAGAGAUGGAACCAAAUGAAAUUGAGGAGAGCCUAGAUGCAGCUGAAAUACUGGGGAGGGUAAAGGUCCACACCCGUAUUUACAACCGCAAAGUGAAGGGCAUGGUAGCACUAUGUACUCACUCCAAGGAAGCAGAUCUUGAUAAAGUGCCCAAAGAGGUGCAAGUAGAAGAUAUUCCCUGGACAAUUCUGGGGGCAGAGCAGUCUCCUCCUAGUGUGCCCAUGUCACUUGAGGUGGAUUCUUUAGCGCAGAAAUUGCAAGCUCUGAUGGUGGAUGAGAAGCGGACAAGAGAAGAAUUAAUUUUGGCAUUAGAAGGGACUCCAACACCUGCAGCACCCAGCCUGGUGGGAUGGGCCAAAGAGCUGGGAAACACUCUCAAAGAUGCAUUGAGGCCGGUAUAUGAAAGUGCUCCAUACAAGCAGUUACGUUCAUUCUCGGGGGUGUCACCAGUACCCCCAGGGGAGGAGGAUUACGAGACCUGGAGGGAUUUUACGGUGCCACUUGUCCAAGAGUGGGAAUGCUCUGAUGCUGAGAAGCAGAAACGUGUGCUUGAGAGUCUGAGGGGACCUGCCAUGCGAAUUAUCCGAGCCCUGAAAGACUCCCAACCAGCUGCCACAGUGCAAGACUAUUUAACCUCUCUUGAGAGUGUCUACGGUACUACUAAUAGCAGUGAAGACCUGUAUUAUCGGUUCCGCCAUACCUAUCAGGAGCCCCAAGAACAAUUGUCGGAUUUCAUCAGGAGACUAGAGGAUUUGCUACAGCAGGUAGUGCAGAAGGAGGGCAUCACCACCAAGGGCAUUGAUUUCACUAGGUUGGACCAAAUCCUUCGGCGCCAGUGA